AUGGCUUCAUUUGAUUUCCAAUCACUGUUUACGAAUGUUCCCGGUCGGGAGGUCAUACGUAUCAUGUGUGAUCAUGUGGAGCAAAACGAACUGAAAAUCGGUAUACCAGUAUCAGUUCUGGUACGACAAUUACUACUGUGCACAACAAACGUACAGUUCUCCUUCCUUGGUUGGGCUUACAGACAAAUUGACGGUGUCGCAAUCGGAACUCCAUUGAGCCCCAUUCUGGCACAUAUGUUUUUGGCUCAUCUUGAGGAAAAGGCGAGCAAAAUCCUCGAACGUUCACAACUUUACAAACGAUACGUUGAUCAUGUUCUAGUCAUCACAAUAAGUCUAGAAGAGACAACAUGGAUUAUGGAUAAACUCGAUCGCCUGCAUCCGAAUAUACGAUUUACGAUGGAAACAGAAAUCGAAGAUACACUGCACUUCCUCGACAUUAAAAUGACUAGGAAUAAUGAUGGAACAAUGGCUAGAUCUGUUUACCGAAAGGAAACCUGGACAGGCCAAUGCUUGCAAUUUGACAGCUUUGUGUCUGUGGAAUAUGAACGUGGUCUGGUCCGAACACUAUUUCAAACAGCACGACAUAUCUGCACAGAAGACAUGGUUGACAACGAACUACGACAGCUGAAAGAAUCUUUGACUAGAAACGCUUAUCCCGAUGCGUUUAUCGAAAAGCACAGCAAGCCUAAAUUGAUCAGACAAACGAAUUGUUCAGCAGAAAAACUACUAGUCACCAUUUGUCUUCCAUUCAUACGUGAUGACAUCAAUUGCUUGCUCAAACGACCACUUGGAUCAGCGCUUGCCCAAAACAAAUAUUAUGCACCUGACCUCAGAAUUAUUCAUCGAACGAUUGAGAUCCCCACACCCUCGGUGAAACAACGUCCACCUCUGUACACCAAAUCGAAUCUGAUUUACCAAUUUCAGUGUAGUUGCGGAGCAACGUACGUGGGUCGAACAGAGCGCCAGUUACGUAACCGAGUGAUUGAAUAUAUUCCAAAUUGGGUACAACGUUUUGUGAUGCAAUCAGGGUCAGAUCAAAGGCAUAAUGACAACGUUCGAAACCAUAAGAUCCCGUCGUCGGCUGUCGGCCGUCGGCCGUCGGCCGUCGCUCGUCAUCUUCUGAUGACGCAACAUCCAGCUGACCGAAGCACUGCGUUUCGGGUCAUUUACGUGGCAAAGAAUACCAGGCUUUUGAGCUUUGUGUCUGUGGAAUAUGAACGUGGUCUGGUCCGAACACUAUUUCAAACAGCACGACAUAUCUGCACAGAAGACAUGAUUGACAACGAACUACGACAGCUGAAAGCAUCUUUGACUAGAAACGCUUAUCCCGAUGCGUUUAUCGAAAAGCACAGCAAGCCUCAAUUGAUCAGACAAACGAAUUGUUCAGCAGAAAAACUACUAGUCACCCUUUGUCUUCCAUUCAUACGUGAUCACAUCAAUUGCUUGCUCAAACGACCACUUGGAUCAGCGCUUGCCCAAAACAAAUAUUAUGCACCUGACCUCAGAAUUAUUCAUCAAACGAUUGAGAUCCCCACACCCUCGGUGAAACAACGUCCACCUCUGUACACCAAAUCGAAUCUGAUUUACCAAUUUCAGUGUAGUUGCGGAGCAACGUACGUGGGUCGAACAGAGCGCCAGUUACGUAACCGAGUGAUUGAAUAUAUUCCAAAUUGGGUACAACGUUUUGUGAUGCAAUCAGGGUCAGAUCAAAGGCAUAAUGACAACGUUCGAAACCAUAAGAUCCCUUCGUCGGCUGUCGGCCCUGUUCAUCAUGGCGACGUAACUUGA